CCUCUGCGCUGGCUCUGACAUCCCCACCAGGGGUUUUGCUCUGGCCCUUGGCCCCCACCCUGCGACCUCCCAGCACCACGGCUCCCCACCUGGUGCCCCCCUACUCCCACGGCCUGGAAGCGCCCGUUCGACUCCAGCUCCCACAUCCCAGGUCCCUGCUCCCGGCAGCGUCCUUGCCCAGUCUUGCUGCCCACCCUCUCUAGGGAAGUCUGCUCCUCGGGUGGCCCCUCCUGAGCUUCUUAGCCCUUUGGUCCAGGCAACUCUACCUCACACCUGCGACCUCCCAAAGAACCCCUCUCCAUCCUCCGCGGGUUGCCGCCCCCUGACCCAGAGCCCCCAUCCCUGUCUUUCCAUCUGCCGCCCUGGGUGUCUCUUACCGCCGACGCCCAGCCAGCCUCUGCUCCUGCUGACUCCUCACCCUGUCUUGCCGCCCACCCUGACUCGACUUCCAGACCCCUCUUGGGCCUCACGUCCUUGCCCUCUGCCCCCAUGGUCCUAGCGCAGGGCCCCGUCAACCACAGCACCCCCGACUGGGAGUCGGGGCCACUCGGAACCGGGGGCAGCGGCUGGGUGGCAGCCGCGCUGUGUGUGGUCAUCGCGCUGACGGCGGCUGCCAACUCACUGCUCAUCGUGCUCAUCUGCACGCAGCCCGCGCUGCGGAACACGUCCAACUUCUUCCUGGUGUCGCUCUUCACGUCGGACCUGAUGGUGGGGCUGGUGGUGAUGCCGCCGGCCAUGCUGAACGCACUGUAUGGGCGCUGGGUGCUGGCGCGGGGCCUCUGCCUGCUCUGGGCUGCCUUCGACGUGAUGUGCUGCAGCGCCUCCAUCCUCAACCUCUGCCUCAUCAGCCUGGACCGCUAUCUGCUCAUCCUCUCGCCGCUGCGCUACAAGCUGCGCAUGACGCCCCCGCGCGCCCUGGCCCUGGUCCUGAGCGCCUGGAGCCUGGCCGCGCUCGCCUCCUUCCUGCCCCUGCUGCUGGGCUGGCACGAGCUGGGUCGCGUGCGGGCACCCGCCCCAGGUCAGUGCCGCCUGCUGGCCAGCCUGCCCUUCGUCCUCGUGGCAUCUGGCCUCACCUUCUUCCUGCCCUCGGGUGCCAUCUGCUUCACCUACUGCAGGAUCCUGCUGGCAGCCCGCAAGCAGGCCGUGCAGGUGGCCUCCCUCACCACGGCCAUGACCGGCCAGGCCUUGGAGACGCUGCAGGUGCCCAGGACCCCACGCCCAGGAGUGGAGUCAGCUGACAGCAGGCGUCUGGCCACCAAGCACAGCAGGAAGGCCUUGAAGGCCAGCCUGACGCUGGGCAUCCUGCUGGGCAUGUUCUUUGUGACCUGGCUGCCCUUCUUCGUGGCCAACAUAGCCCAGGCCGUGUGUGACUGCGUCUCCCCAGGCCUCUUCGAUGGCCUCACGUGGCUGGGUUACUGUAACAGCACCAUGAACCCCAUCAUCUACCCACUCUUCAUGCGGGACUUCAAGCGGGCCCUGGGCAGGUUCAUGCCAUGUCCCCGCUGCCCCCGGGAGCACCAGGCCAGCCUUGCCUCGCCCUCCAUGCGCACCUCUCACAGCGGCCCACGGCCGGGCCUGAGCCUGCAGCACGUGCUGCCACUGCCCCUGCCAACGAACUUGGACUUGGACUCGGACUCAGGCACAGGCGGCUCCUCAGGCCCGCAGUUCACAGCCCAGCUGCUGCUGCCUGGAGAGGCCGCCCGGGACCCCCCACUGCCUGCCAAGGCCACUACCGCAGUCAACGUCUUCAACGUGGACCCCGUGGAGCCUGAGCUGCGGUUACAUCCGCGGGGUUCCCCCACGAACUGACCUGGACUGGGAGUUGGUCUGUAGGGAGCUGGACAGGAUGGGACCAAGUCCUUGAGGCCUUGGAGCAGCUCUUGGCUAAAGCCAGGAGGCUCCAGGGUUCUCGGGAGCCCCUGAGCUCCGGGGGGAUGCCCCGGGCCAGCUCCUCCUGCCCACUGCAGGCCUCCUACCUGGAGGGGUAAUAGCAGGCUUGGACACAGGUCUCUCCAGGACGCCCCACUGCUGAGCGUAACUUGUGGAGGCGUGUAGAGCUUGGAGGGCUCCCGGGAGUGGAGAUGAGGACCUCUUGGUCCAGGUUGGGAUGAAGAGGAUCAGCUCCUUUGCCCGUUCUGUCAGACUGCAUGGGAGGGAUGCCUCUGUCCACAGAGGUGGCUUAGUGCUGGGCCAAAUCCCUUGCCCCUCAAAGGGGGGUCCAUGGGCCACCAGUAUCAGCACCAGAUCCUGGGAAUCUGUUCAAGACGCAUACCUCUGUCCCACCCCAGACCUGCUGAAUCCCAGGUGAAUCGCGUGCACAUGACGGUUUGAGAUGCGUUGGCUCAGGGUGAUCUUAACCCUGAGGAUGGUUUGCGCGAAGGUCUUUGGACCAGCCAGCCUCUCAGGACUCUCUGGCUGCACAGAAAAUGUCUUGGUCUGGGAGUCAGGCAGGCAUAAAUCUGAACCUCUGCUUCAUUACAUAGCAGCCCUAAAA